AUGCGCUUUGUUCCGCCUGCCGGAGCGAAACCUGUCAGGCCGGGCCGAGUUCGGCCGACCUGGAGGCCUCCGCUGAGGGUCGGGAACAGCAUGGCCCACGAGGCCACGUCAACUGGGCCCAGUGACUGUGAACUGUUGGAAUUUACGUCAUUCUACCGAAACGUUCGCCGGUGGAUUUUACUGUCUCUCGGCCAGUCUCCGCUCCGGCCAACCUGA